AUGAGUUGGGAGGGGGGGCGGCGAAGUGGGUUGUUGGGAUCAACGGUAAAAAGGAUGAUGUUCGUUCAUGCAAGACUUAUGAAAUUUGAUAGAGUUCUUCUCAUCGACCGGUAUCGUCUGACGUCACGAAAAAUACGACACGAAAAAGAGGUGCAACACGAGGACUUCCCGGGAGAAAUGAGUUGGGAGGGGGGGCGGCGAAGUGGGUUGUUGGGAUCAACGGUAAAAAGGAUGAUGUUCGUUCAUGCAAGACUUAUGAAAUUUGAUAGAGUUCUUCUCAUCGACCGGUAUCGUCUGACGUCACGAAAAAUACGACACGAAAAAGAGGUGCAACACGAGGACUUCCCAGGAGGUCACCCAUCCUAG